UUCCAUUGACCCCUUUACUCUCCAACACUCACAGAACCAAUCCAUGAACAACCAAAUCAAUGUCCACUGCACCAGCCACCCACAAAUUUCAUCUCCCUGCGGCCAGAAUGACGAUGCCAACCAACCUAACAUAGCUCCCUUACUUCUCCAAUCCUCCGAUGAACUCUGCAGCUUCAGAGUCAGCCUAAAAUGGUGGGCACUCGACCACUCCUCAUGCUUCGGAAAAUUCCUAUCUUACUUCACCUUCAUCUUCUUAACAGUCCUAGUCCCAAUCCUCACCUCCCUCUUUCUCAAACUCCCAUCUGGGGACCCCAUCUCAUUCAACAAGCUAGUCCAACUUCCGGAGUCCGGCUUAGCUGCCAUUGGCUUCAUUACUCUUUCUUGCUUCUUCCGAAAAUAUGGCCUGAGGCAACUCCUCUUCCUUGACAGUCUUAGAGAUGACUCUGGCUUUGUACAUCACGGAUACACUCGUGAGCUCAAUAAGGUCUUCAAGUACCUAGCUUGCAUACUACUGCCUUCAUUUUUCAUUGAGCUUACCCAGAAGAUCAUAUUCUUCUCAACUAUCCAACUCUCACUGCCUCAUAUAAGCUCAAGCGUCCCAGUCAAUUCAAUUAUGUUUGUUUUGGUUUUAGCUUCUUGGGUUUAUAGGACUGGGGUGUUCUUGCUGGUCUGUGUUAUGUUCCGGUUGACUUGCGAGCUCCAAAUUCUUCGAUUCAAAGGGUUGAACAAGUUGUUAGAGGGGCAUGAAUCUGAAUCCUGUUGUAUACAUAUGGUUUCAAAUUUCGAUAAAAUCUUCAAUAUUUCUCUUUUUAACAAGUAUCCUAAAGCCAAUUUAGUUGUUACAGAACAGGUAAGGAUAAGAAAGCAAUUGUGGGUUACGAGCCAUAGGUACCGAUUCUUUAUCAUCGGAUGCAUGUUUACCAUCACGGUGAGUCAAUUCGGGGCCUUGUUGCUGGUUUUGGCAUCCAAGGCGGAGAAGACUUUCCUCAACUCUGGUGAUCUUGUGGUUUGUUCUGCAGUCGAGCUUAGUGGCAGAUCAGCUCAGAGACUAAUAGACGCUGUGGAGACAGUAACUCGGAGCAUUCAUCUGAAAUUUCCACUUCAUUUCCUCCACAGGAGCCUUCUUCAUUUCAAACCAGUGGCAUAUUUGAGUCACAACAACGGAGGGAUCACACUGUAUGGGUUUGCACUUGAUCGGGGGUUGCUUCACACAUUAUUUGCAUUUGAGUUCUCUCUGGUGCUGUGGGUGCUCAGCAAAGUGGUUGUUUUGUCUUGA